AUGCCUCCUGCUCGAGAGCUUCAGAUCUCGACUGCCGCAUGCCUGAAGGUGGUCAUCCGGGAAUGUGCGCCCAGGACGGGGGAGUGGAAAGAGCGUGUAUUGUAUGGAUUACUCAAAGCGUGGGUCGAGGUGAGCGGGAUCUUUAACAAGGAUCAAGAUACGCUUACGCUGCUGGCUUCGCUCAAGGAAGUUUGGGACGAACUGCUUGUUGCGUGUCCCACGAUCCCGCAGGUUGAAGCUGCGCAAUUGCAGACUUUGGACAAGAGGAUGUUCCAGGCGCUUGUCACUGCUUGA